AAAACGAUGCUGCCCAAAGCCGUUGCAUCCGAGUGUAGUACAACAUUUUUUAAUAUUUCUCCGGCCACAUUAACGAGUAAGUGGCGUGGAGAUAGCGAGAAACUUGUUCGUGUUCUUUUUGAGAUGGCACGGCAUUAUGCCCCAAGUACCAUUUUUAUUGACGAAAUAGAAUCUCUAUGCGGCCAUCGUGGGGAUGGGGGUGAACACGAGGCCUCACGACGUGCAAAAGGAACUUUGCUGACGCAAAUGGAUGGUGUAGGGGUUGACACCGGGAAAAUAGUUAUGGUUUUGGGUGCCACCAAUCAUCCAUGGUCCAUUGAUGAAGCUAUGCGGCGGCGUCUUGAGAAGCGUAUAUACAUUCCUCUUCCGGACUUCAACGAUCGGGUGGAGUUGUUUCGCAUCAACACCAAAUCACUCAAGCUGUCCCCGGACGUUGACUUCGAGCACCUGUCAAAGAAGCUUGAGGGCCGUCAUUACAGUUGCGCCGAUAUUACAAAUUUGGUGCGUGAUGCGGCCAUGAUGACAAUGCGACGUCUUAUGGAAGAGAUGGAUAAAUCCGAGCUCAAGCGACGGGCGGCGGAGAUAAGCAAAACUGUCGCCGACCAACCAACCACAAUGAAUGAUUUCUUAAGUGCGGUGAAGAAUGUUCCCAGCAGCAUUAACGUGGAACAAAUUCAGAAGUUUGAAGCAUGGAAAAGGGAAUUUGAAACAAAUCCGUAG